AUGCAGGAAAAUAUAAAAAAAUUAAUAAAUCUUUUGCCGCAUUUAGAAGAUAUCGAAGCAAUUUUAUUAAAUGAAAAUGAAGCAAAAUAUAUUUUAAAUAAAGCUAUAUAUGUUUUACAUUCAAACUCCUUGGAAAUUGAAACAGUAAACGAUGAGUUCGAAGAGGCUACAUUUUUAGUACAAGCUUUAGUGGACAAAUGUUGGGAACGUAUACAUACAGGACAUUUUAGCGAAGUGCCUCUGGAGAUAAGAAAAAUCUAUGCCUUGGCUAAUUAUAUUAAAAUAUUGUUGCUUCUGAUAGAGAAUGCAGAGUACCGGCAAAUUGAAAAAUGCAGUGAACUAUUAGAUGACGCCAUAUUAAUUGGCUGUACACAAGACAUUUACCCAAAAUGUCAGCAAUUUAAGGAAAAUUUAAUGGAAAUCUUUGACAAAGAAUUGGAUCCCUGCAAAGAAUUAAAAUUGCCUAUAAUUGAAAAUCCCGCUAGACAAGUAAUAAACUGUGAUAUUUUGCUUCUCCAACAUCCUUCUUUGCUGGAAUUUGAACAGAAAUGUUUCUCUAAACUACAGCCUGCUUUAAUGCUUAACACUUUCAAUCAUUGGCCAGCCUUAGAAAAGUGGCGCGAUUUAAAUUAUAUACUCAAAAUAGCUGGCAAUCGUACAGUGCCUAUAGAAAUUGGUUCUAACUAUACCACCGAUGAAUGGUCACAACAGUUGAUGAAAAUUAAAGAUUUCCUUAAGAAACAAUUUACUAAUAAUUCCGGAAAGGAUGCCAAUGACAUUGAAUAUUUGGCUCAACAUGAACUGUUUGAACAAAUACCCCAACUGAAAAAGGAUUUCUUCAUACCGGACUAUUGUACGUUAGGCUCGAACAAAGAUGCUGUUGAUAUCAAGGCUUGGCUGGGACCUAAGGGCACUAUUUCUCCCCUCCAUUAUGAUCCUAAACACAAUUUACUUUGUCAAGUUUUUGGUUCAAAAUCUAUUAUACUGGCUUCUCCGGAGGACACACACUAUUUAUAUCCUCAUGAAAGUGAAUUUUUACAAAAUACUUCACAAAUAGACGCAAAUAAUUUAGAUGUGGAGAAGUUUCCUCUGGUGGAAAAGGUAAAAUUUUAUAGUUUGACUUUACAGCCAGGUGAUUGUUUGUAUAUGCCACCGAAAUGGUGGCACUAUGUACAAUCGAAUAGUCCUAGUUUUUCGGUUAGUUUUUGGUGGCAGUAAAUUUUGAAAAAUGUAUUUUACACUUAAAUUAUUAAAAAGCUUUUUUGUUAUUUUCAAAUUGUCGUAGAAAUUAAUUGUAUAUUAAUCCAUUCAGGUAUUGAAUUAACCACAAUAAAAGGGGAUAUACCUAUAUGA